AAAAAGAACAACUAUCGGCAACUUCCGGUUGAACCCAGCAGCAACAGGUCAAGUGUCGGACGUGGAAAAGUUGCUGGAGAAAGUGAAAGGUGAAGCUGAACAAUGAACGCGUCAAGUUUCAGAGACUGUCAGGCAUGGAAAGACGAAGGUCUUGCUCUGUCCACCAGCAGUAAUGAGGCGUGCAAACUGUACGAUGCGAUACUCACCCAGUAUGUGAAAUGGCGAAAUGAUGAAAGCUUGGGAGGCAUUGAAGGAUGUAUUUCUGCUCUGCAGACAGCUGACCCAAACUUUGUUAUGGGUCAUGUGAUCAGUACAGGUCUUGAGCUGGUUUCCACAACAAGCAGCACCCGGCUGAAUGAGCGUCUGGCCAGUGCCGUGMGGCGAACAGUGGAGCUCGCCAACAACCAGAACAUCUCUCCUAGAGAGAAGCUCCACGUCAGAGCUAUGGAGCUCUUUGCACGUGG